AUGUCGACCGGAUCGUUCGCUGCCCUGCGAAGGACGCGGAGUGAGGACCUAGCGAAGCUUGCGGAAGAGCACUUCAAGCAUGACUUACUAGAAUCAGACCGUGACCUGAUCAAGAAUGCCGGCUCCAAAGCCUCGACACACGCCCUCAUCGGAUCCCUCGCCGGCAUCGCACUGGGAGGCUUCCUCGCUUUCCGCCUCCGAGGCAACCGCAAAGCCAUGUACCAAGCCAUCCGCGCUGCAGAAAAGCCCACACACGUCCGCUUCGCAGAUGGUCGAGAAGUGGAAAUCCCCGACAUGACUCCUUGGCUGAAGCCAACUCCGCUAGGCGAUAUCAUGACCUACACGUUCUUCGGCAUGGGCGGGCUCUUCCUUGGAGGUGAGACCGGAUUGUUGACCGGAUCUUGGUCGGCGAGGAGAAUGAUCUCCCGGGAUCCAGAAACGCAGAAGAGAAUCGAGAAGGCGUUCCGUGCAUUCCGGGCCGAUGUGCUCAGGAAGCAGAUUGAGGAGCUCGAAGGGGGAAAGGAAGAGACGGAGCCGAUUUGGGAAGUGUGA